AUGCCAUGGACCAUCAAGUCUGACGAAAAGCCACAGCAGAUCCCUGAGAGCUCCCCCCUCUCUGCCCCCCUCUCCCAGUCCCACACCCGCUUUUCUCUUGCAGCCUCUCUUUGCGGUCAUGACGUCACGCCCCCUCCCAUCCACAGUGAGAAGGAAAACUCGUGGCUGUGCGCAGAGGAGGCCACAGAGAAGCAGAUCAGUGAUCACAGACCGGUUUACUUCAGCUUCACCAUGCUGGACACGCUCACCUUCCUCCUGGAGAAGCUCUUCCUCCUCGCGCACAUCAAGCUCUCCAGCCUGCUGCCUCCUCUGGGCGUAGAGUGCGCAGAACCGCCGCCCACCAGCAAGCGCUGUGACCGGGAAGACUCACCGCCGCUGCCCGCCUCAGCCUCUCACCGGUUCCAGCGGGGAGACCUGCUGGAGGUUCCCCGGACUCUCUUCACUCACUUUGGCAUCUACCUGGGCGACGACCGGGUGGCGCAUCUCAUCCCGGACAUCCUCCCGGCGCUGACCGCCGACAUCCGCCAGAUCGAGGAGAUGGUGACCAACACACGGCUGCUGGUAGGGGUCAUCGCGAAGCGCGCCAGCGUGCGCGUGGACUCUGUGGAGGACUUCGCGUACGGUGCCGGGAUCCUGCUGAACGCCAUGGACCGCUCGGUGCGCAAGAGCCCUCUGGCCGGGGAGGAGGUGGCGCUGCGGGCGGAGCGGCUGGUGGGCACCGUCGCCUACAGCCUGCUAUGGAACAACUGCGAGCACUUCGUCACCUACUGUCGCUACGGCACCGCGCAGAGCCUGCAGACCGACAAGUUUUGCGAGUGGCUGAAGUUGCUGAUCCGGGACCAGCGAAACGCCAUGCUGACAGCACUGCUAGGGCUCCUUUCCAUGGCUUAUAUGGGAAUAUCCGUCAGCACCGCCCUGCCAGCCUUCCUCAUCCCCUUCACCCUGUGGAUGGCGAGCUAAGAGUCGCCUGGAGCUGCACUUACUGUCAGCGUUCAAGCCUUACCAGAGCUCACUGAGCCGCCAUAUUGGAAGACCAACAGUGUGAACGCAGUCUUCUGCAAACAUUUUAACUUUUCAAAAAACUUUUUAAAAUUGUA